UUUUGAAUAGCCUUUAAAUAUAUAAAAAUAGAUGUACACGAAAAUGGAAGAUGAAGGUAAUCAUGGUAAUGAUGAUACACGUUUAUUUAUAUUAUCGUCAUUAGCACAAAAUCAAAAAAGUCGUGUUGCAUGUAUCCUUUGUGAAGAAGCAAUGUUAGUAUUUGAUCGUUAUCCACUUGUUGAUGGAUCAUUUUUCUUGAGUCCAAAACAGCAUGCUCCAGGUUGUAUUGAGGUUAAAUAUGAAGGACACACCCAAUAUUUAACGGCUGUAUGCAUGGGCUGCUUAGAUGGGAACUCUUGUAAUCGUGGUAUUUAUUGCAGAUUUUGUGGUGAAAGAUGGGAUGGAUCAUCUUUAGUUCUUGGAACUAUGUAUUCGUAUGACAUUUUUGCUGCUAUGCCAUGUUGUGCUGAAAGAUUAAAGUGUAAUGCAUGUUUUAAACUGUUACUCCAUCCUCAACAGCGAUUAAACUUUUACAGUGAUUAUAGUCACUGUGUUACGUGUCCAUUUUGUACAACACAGGAUACUCAUUUCGUGAAACCAUUGGGAUAUUGUUACACUAAAAAAUCUAUUAAGGCCGGUAUUAACCUCCCAUAA